CAAAAAAGAUUGUAAGUAGGUUAGUUUUAGUGAUGUUAAAUUUUGGGAAAAAUUUCUCGGAUACUAAAAGAUGCAAAUAAUGGUUAAUCAAAAGCGAGUAUAGGUGAAUGCACAACGAAAAAGAGAGUUCAUAUGCUAUAGUUGGGUUCUCAAAGUCUGAGUUAUUGAGAGUGAUUUUGGAUGGAAAGAUAUAAAUUGUCGUAUAAGAACAUAAGUUAUAGUUCUAAGAAAAUAAAAUUGGAACAAAUAACAGGAAGAGAGGAGCUAAUGGGGCAAAGGAGAGAGUUGAAGUUGGAUUUUGGGUAAAGCAGUGUGCUCAGCCUCAACCGAUGUACCCUAAUCAACUUAGGGAAUGUAUGUAUAUGUACAAGCAAAUUCAUCCUUCUUCUCAAAUCUUGUAGUUUCUAUAGUUUCCACCUUUGAUUCGAGUUAAAAGAUAUGUUCUCUCAUUAAAAUUUGUUUUAGGAUAUCUUUCAUGAUAAUAAAUAAAUAAUUUAGAAUGGCGUGCCAGCACCAUCAAUUUUCCAAUCUUAAACGGAAUCCAAUCUGCUCGUCCUUAUCCUUCCUUCCACCAUAGGAUUUAUUUCAUUUUCAUGGCAUUUCCAAUAAUUGAAUUUCGAUUCACGUUGAUCUUUUUACGUAAUUCCGCUGACAUGCAGCAGUGGAUCAGAGUCAACAAUCCUUCGGCGAUGGAAAUUCUAAAGAAGUAGCCUUUUCUUCCCUUCAUUUGCAUUAUUGCUUCGCAAAUCAAAUUACCUUGUUUAUCAUGGAUUGUUGCCCUAGAAUCAUCCCCUCGUUCCCUUGCCUCUUUCAUCUCCUACUCUUGCUAUGCUCUCUCGUUUCAGCUUCACCAUCAUCCCCUAAUUAUGGGUGUGAAAAAGUGUCUCUGAGUGUUUACUAUGAAUCUCUCUGUCCGGACAGUGUGAAAUUUAUAGUGGACAAUUUGAUUGAGUUGUUUGAAGGUGACCUCCUCUCCAUAGUUGAUCUCAGAUUCGUUCCUUACGGCAAUGCAAGGCUCGAUCGGAACAGUUCCAUCACUUGUCAGCAUGGGCCAAAUGAAUGUCUCCUGAACACUGUGGAAGCCUGCGCCAUUCAUGUCUGGCCUGAUCUGACAGGGGCCACAGGGCAUUUCCCUUUUAUUUACUGUGUUGGGACUCUGGUGUACGAGCGGAAGUAUACCCAAUGGAAGACUUGCUUCGAGAAAUUAGGAUUGAAUUCUAAGCCUAUUUCUGAUUGCUAUUCUUCUGGGCUUGGGAAAGAGCUUGAACUACAAUAUGCAGCUGAAACCAACAAUCUUCAGCCUCCUCAUAAAUACGUUCCUUGGGUGGUUGUUGACGGACAACCACUUUAUGAGGAUUAUGAAAACUUUGUCAGUUACAUCUGUGCGGCGUAUAAAGGUUCUGCCGUGCCAACAGCUUGUAGAGCUAAAUCCUUUAGCGGCAUUUAAAAAAGGAAAGUUCAAAAUAUGCUUUGGAGAAUAAGAUAAUGCUGUUGGUUUUAAUUUGAAUAAUAAUAGCAUUAUUUGUUUUGUUUUGUUUUGUUUUGUUUUUUAUAUGGAGUGACAUAAGAAUUUAAUUAAACUGAUAUUUUGUUGGAGUAUGUUGACAAAUAAAGUUAGUAUUGGAGACA